CAGUCUCCAGUCCCCGCUUCUUCUGCCAUGUUCCGCUUUCACUCUCUCCUUCUCUUUCGCCGUCUCCGCCGCCACCGCCGCCAAUUCUCCUCCGCCACAACUCACCCGCUCGAGCUACCGCUUUCCCACCCAAUCUACAUCAUAUGGGGAUCUAACACCGGCGUCGGCAAAACCCUCGUCUCCACCGGCAUCGCAGCCUCAUCCCUCCUCUCCUCCCCUUCAUAUUUCCACUACCUCAAGCCCCUUGAGACCGGCUUUCCUUCUGACUUCAACUCCUGCUUCUUUCUCACCAACCCUUCCCUCUCCGCCUCACAUGUCCUCCUCAAUGCCUCCUCCGCUGUUACGGGGAACCGUGGCAACGAUGCUAGGUUUCCGGAGGAAGAGAACGUGGUCGGCGGCGAGGGGAUUGGGUCUUCGCGGUUGUUUUGCAAGACGCUGUACGCGUGGGAAGAGGCUGUGUCGCCGCAUUUGGCGGCAGAGAGGGAAAGUGGAGCUGUGGAGGACUCGGUGGUGCUGGAAACAUUGCAGAGGUGUUUCAGGGAGGUGGUGGAAAGUGGGGUUGGUAAGGAGAGAUCAGAGGUUAUGUGUGUCGUGGAAACUGCAGGUGGAGUUGCGAGUCCCGGUGCUUCUGGAUCACUUCAAUGUGACUUAUAUAGGCCCUUCCGUAUUCCAGCAAUUCUGGUUGGAGAUGGGAGGCUGGGAGGUAUUUCUGGAACAAUUUCUGCUUAUGAGAGCUUGACUCUUCGAGGUUAUGAUGUUGUUGCUGUUGUUUUUGAAGAUCACGGCCUUCUAAAUGAGGGUCCAAUAAUGUCUUAUAUGCGGAACAAGCUUCCUGUUCUAGUGCUACCCCCUGUUCCAAAAGAUCCGUCAAAUGACCUAAUGGAAUGGUUUGAAGGUUCUCAUAAUUUAUUUAGUAAUCUAAGGGAAAUAAUGGUCUCUGCUUAUCUAGAGAGAGUUAAAAAGUUUCAUGACAUGUCAAGGAAGGCAAGGGAUAUCAUCUGGUGGCCUUUCACUCAACACAAGCUUGUACCAGAGGGAGCGAUAACAGUAAUUGAUUCACGUUGCGGUGAGAACUUUGCAGUCUUUAAGGCUCAGAGCACAGAAGUUGUAGCUCCGCUAUUUGAUGCCUGUGCUAGUUGGUGGACUCAAGGACCUAAUGCUAUAUUGCAGGCUGAGCUUGCUAGGGAGAUGGGAUAUGCUGCUGCAAGAUUUGGGCAUGUAAUGUUUCCUGAAAAUGUUCAUGAACCAGCGUUAAAUUGUGCCGAGCUUUUGCUUGAUGGUGUGGGAAAAGGUUGGGCUUCUCGAGCAUAUUUUUCUGACAAUGGAUCCACUGCAAUUGAAAUUGCACUCAAGAUGGCAUUUCGUAAAUUUUCUGUUGAUCAUGGACUUGUUCGCAAUUGUCUUGAGGAUACCACUAAUGAGAGAUCUACUGAGCUCAUGGUCCUCGCACUUCAGAGAUCUUAUCAUGGUGACACAUUGGGUGCUAUGGAAGCACAGGCCCCAUCAUCUUAUACAGGCUUCCUGCAGCAACCAUGGUACACAGGAAGAGGUCUUUUUGUGGAUCCUCCUUCUGUCUUCAUGAGCAACAAUACGUGGAGUCUUUCAUUGCCUGAAGGGUUUCAGAUUGAAAAUCUGAAACUUGGUAACAUCACCUUUGCUUCACGUGAUGAAAUAUUUCUCAAGGGCAGGGAUACUUCUGAGCUUGCUGCCGUCUAUUCAUCUUACAUAUCAAAACUGUUAUCUGGAUAUAGAGGGUCCAAUAAUAUUGGAGCAUUGAUUAUGGAACCAGUUAUACAAGGUGCUGGAGGAAUGCAUAUGGUUGAUCCAUUGUUUCAGCGAGUACUUGUUAAUGAGUGUCGGAGUAGAAAUAUUCCGGUUAUCUUUGAUGAGAUUUUUACAGGUUUUUGGCGUUUGGGAGUAGAGACUGCAGUGGAUCUAAUCCAUUGUGUACCAGAUAUAGCCUGCUUUGGGAAGCUGAUGACAGGUGGAAUUAUACCACUGGCUGCCACCUUGGCAACAAAUGCUGUGUUUGAUUCAUUUAUUGGAGAAUCAAAGCUCAAGGCUCUCUUGCAUGGACAUUCUUACUCUGCACAUGCUUUGGGUUGCAUGGCUGCUGUUAAAUCAAUCCAAUGGUUUAAAGAUCCUUGUUCCAACCCUAAUGCCACAUCCGGAGGAAGAUUACUUAAAGAGUUAUGGGAUGAUAAAAUGGUUCACAAGAUCUCGUCACAUCCUGCAGUUGAAAGAGUCGUUGCAUUAGGGACUCUCUGUGCCUUGGAGUUAAAAGCAGAAGGACGUAAUGCUGGGUAUGCCUCCUUGUAUGCAAGAUCGUUACUUCAGAAUCUUCGGGAAGAUGGAAUUUACAUGAGGCCUCUUGGUAAUGUCAUAUAUCUCUUGUGUGGACCCUGCACGUCUACAGAUAUUUGUAAUCAGAUACUUGUCAAACUUUAUAAGAGGCUUGAAGAAUUUAGUGGAAGCAAUAAUUGAGAUCCUCGACAAGUUUAAUGUUUGCUCGACAAGAUUGGUGUUUUAUUCUUUUGAUUUUGGCCUACCCUAGGUCAAGGGGGUUGGAGAAGCACCCGAGGAGAUUGCAAAUCCAUAUUAUUCUUUUCUGUGAUGUCAAUUGUAAACCAUAAUAAUAGGUAAUUUGAAGAUAAGUAUAUUCAAUUAUUAGGGAAUCAAAUUCGUUAGUUUUCUCUUUCCGUUAAUUUCGUUGUAAGGUUUCAAUAUUCAGCACAUUACUUUAUUGCCGGUUAA